AUGCAUCCAAGGAGAACUGUAGAUGCAGUUUUCAAUCAAAAUUCGUCACGUAGCCCCAACAGAAAGUCCUCCGAUGGCAAGCGUAGGGGUACUAUGGGGAGUGACGAACAGACGAUUGGCAUACCCACCGAAUAUGGCAGCGGAAAUUAUUACACAAUAUCUGGGGCCGAUGCUGGUUAUUUGAAGGAUUCCAUAUCAAAGAACUACCAUCUGCAACCGGUCAGGGAGAGCGAAAGGCAUCCUGCAACCAUGUCUACAAGUCUAACGUCCAGCAGUGGUCACCAGAAAAAACAUGGCCUCUUUUCGAAAAAAGAUCCUAAACGUGAGACGUCGCCUACGCCGGCUGGGGCUCCUCCUUCCCAACUGAGGAACACGCCGUCCCCACAUAGUCGACAUCAUUCGGGGCCUAACUCCAAACAGCAUAGUGGGGGCAAAGUCAAACAUUUCAUUGACUCCUUCCGACACAAGACGAAAUCCAAUGCCUGUGACUGCCCAGAAAUUUCGUCCGUGUCGUCUGCCGAGGCACAUCACUGCUGCGAGACAGGGGAGUCCAGAUUUACAGUUACGGCAGCAGGGACAGUAGCCGAAUCGUCCCCAAGACAUAUCCAUCCUAAUCAACAUUUUCACCAUCCGGCCGUUCGACAGAUGUCAGCCCUGAGCCCUAGUUUAGAGAUUGGCCCCGAUCAGUACCUCGAGAUGCACCACCGGCACCGAACACAGAGUGACACGACGAAACUGUUACUCGCCCGCAAGCAAGCUAGGGACAGAUUUGUAUGUUUGGGGCGUAUUUGGAUACGCGUGAACUUAUGCAUCACACACAUUGCCUGA